GAAGAGAAUAAUAAAAAUAUUUAUGUUAUUGUCAAAUUGUUUAUAAACAAAAUUAUAAUAUAUAAUAUAAUUAUUUCUUUGUAUUGUGUUAUUUAAAAAGUUAUUUUGUGUGUGUAUUGUAUUAUUUAUUUUUAAAUAUUCAUGGUCAUAAAUGUGUGCCAAUUUAAUCAUCAACAAUAACUGACAGUUAAUUAAUUUAUACUCAACUUGACUUAAAUAAAUACAAUAAAUUAAAAUGGAAUUUGCUCAGCUACAUGAAUUUAUGGAAUUGCUUGGACGUUUAAAGCAUUUAAAAAGGACCGGAUGGGUUUUAAAGGACAUCAAGGAACCAGAAUCAAUUGCUGGCCAUAUGUACAGAAUGGCUGUUCUUGCUAUGUUGGUUGAUAACCAUGACAACAUGGACAAAUCAAAAAUUAUUCAAAUGGCAUUGGUUCAUGAUUUGGCUGAAUGUAUUGUUGGUGACAUCACACCACAAUGUGGUGUUCCUGUUGAUGAAAAACAUCGUCGAGAAGAUGAAGCCAUGAUUGAAAUUUGUAAUUUAUUAGGUGACAAAGGUCCUGAAAUGCUUAAACUAUUUCGAGAAUAUGAAUUACAAGAAUCAAUGGAAGCAAAAUAUGUUAAAGACUUGGAUCGUUUGGAUCUGAUUUCACAAGCUUAUGAGUACGAAGUUAGAGACAAUAUACCAGGAAAAUUGGAGGAAUUUUUUGCAAAUUCAACUCAUAAAAUAGAACAUCCAAAGAUUAAAAAAAUGGCAAGUGAAAUUGUUGCAAGACGUAAAUUAUUACAAGAUAAUAAUUUAUUGACAAAUUAAAUAAACAAGUAAAUUAAUAUUGAGCACGUUGUACCGUUAGCUAGCCAAUAUAAUAAAUUUAAUAUUUAAAACUACGUCAUAAUAUUAAUAUAACAAAAAUUUUUAUUUUCUAUAAAUAACAAAUUACCAAGUCUAGUAAAACAAAUAAUAUAAAUUUUUUAAAUUCAAAUGAUUAAUAAAAUACAAUAAAUGUUCAUGACUAGUUUAGCCAAAAAAAAAGAGACAAAUUAAACAAUGGUAUAAAUUAAUUAUAAAGUUAAUAAGACUUUUGUACCUUGAUUAAAACUAAUUAACUAUUUUUCGUUUAAUUAAAAUUCUUUUUUAAAAAAAAAAAAACCU